GGCGUUUUAUAAGGCCAAUCUCCGGGUACCGGCUUCAAACAUGUCUCUGGUCUUCUUCAGGCUUAGCAUCUUACUAUCAUGUCAACAUUUGGUGCUUACAUUGCCAUUGGAGCCUCGGUUAACACUCGCAGAAGAAUGGAACAGUUACUAUACUCCUGAUUUAAAUGGACCUGGUACGUAUACUUUUGGAUUUGACCUAGAAGAUGCAAAAAGUGGUAAUAUUCAAUAUAGAGUGGAAGAAAAGUAUGCAAAUGGAACUGUUGUUGGUAGCUACGGUUUGGUGGAACCAGAUGGAAAUGUAAAAGUAGUAGAAUAUGUGGCAGACCAUUUGGGUUACAGAGCUAAAGUAUCAGGCAAUCAUCAAAGAUAUCCAACUUAUCACCCUCCCAGAACAUCAGUAAUUGAACCAGAGGGAGGUUCAAUAGACAACCACCCACCAAGGCUUAGUGCUAUACAACCGAUUGAAACAAUUGGCCAAAAUAUCCAAGAACAGCACAAGCCUCCAAAAUAUCAGAGAAACAGGCCAAGAGACAUUUAUCACAUUUGGCCAGAAUUAAGCAGCUAUCAAUAAUUUGUUAAUGUAAAAUAAAGCAUAUAAUAACUUAGAAUGUGUGUUCCAAACGAUUAUUUUAGUGUAACGUUGAGAUUAUGUUGUUUCUAUGAUAUGAAUUUUAUUUAAUAUAAUGUAAUGUAUGAUGCGAGAUUAAUUUAUUUGAACUGACAAGUGUAAAAAAUAAAAAGGUAUAUGUGAUAAAACA